AUGUCGAAUCUCUGUCCACCACCAUCUCCAGCUGUUGCCAAGACAGAGAUUGCUCUAAGUGGUGAAUCACCUCUAUUAGCAGCUACCUUUGCUUACUGGGACAAUAUUCUUGGUCCUAGAGUAAGACACAUUUGGGCUCCUAAGACAGAACAGCUACUUCUCAGCGAUGGAGAAAUAACUUUUCUUGCCAACCACACCUUAAAUGGAGAAAUCCUCCGAAACGCAGAGAGUGGGGCUAUAGAUGUGAAGUUUUUUGUCCUUUCUGAAAAAGGAGUCAUUAUUGUUUCAUUGAUCUUUGAUGGAAACUGGAAUGGAGAUAGGAGCACAUAUGGUCUAUCAAUUAUACUUCCACAGACCGAACUUAGCUUCUACCUCCCGCUUCACAGAGUGUGUGUUGAUAGACUAACACAUAUUAUCAGAAAAGGAAGGAUAUGGAUGCACAAGGAAAGGCAAGAAAAUGUCCAGAAAAUAGUCUUAGAAGGCACAGAAAGAAUGGAAGAUCAGGGUCAGAGUAUUAUUCCAAUGCUUACUGGCGAAGUAAUUCCUGUAAUGGAGCUGCUUUCAUCUAUGAAAUCACACAGUGUUCCUGAAGAAAUAGAUAUAGCUGAUACAGUUCUCAAUGAUGAUGACAUUGGUGACAGUUGUCAUGAAGGCUUCCUUCUCAAUGCCAUUAGCUCACACCUGCAGACCUGUGGCUGUUCAGUCGUAGUAGGUAGCAGUGCAGAAAAAGUAAAUAAGAUAGUGAGAACAUUAUGCCUUUUUCUGACUCCAGCAGAGAGAAAAUGUUCCAGAUUAUGUGAAGCAGAAUCAUCAUUUAAAUACGAGUCAGGGCUCUUUGUACAAGGCCUGCUAAAGGAUUCAACCGGAAGCUUUGUGCUCCCAUUCCGGCAAGUCAUGUACGCUCCCUAUCCCACCACACACAUAGAUGUGGACGUCAACACUGUCAAGCAGAUGCCACCAUGUCACGAGCAUAUUUACAAUCAGCGCAGGUACAUGAGAUCUGAGCUGACAGCAUUCUGGAGAGCCACUUCAGAAGAAGACAUGGCUCAGGAUACAAUCAUCUAUACAGAUGAAAGCUUCACUCCUGAUUUGAAUAUUUUUCAAGAUGUCUUACACAGAGACACUCUAGUAAAAGCCUUCCUGGAUCAGGUCUUUCAUUUGAAGCCUGGUUUAUCUCUCAGGAGUACUUUCCUGGCACAGUUUCUACUCGUCCUUCACAGAAAAGCCUUGACGCUAAUAAAGUAUAUAGAAGAUGAUACGCAGAAGGGGAAAAAGCCCUUUAAGUCUCUUCGGAACCUGAAGAUAGACCUUGAUUUAACAGCAGAGGGCGACCUUAACAUAAUAAUGGCUCUAGCUGAGAAAAUUAAACCAGGCCUCCACUCAUUUAUCUUUGGAAGACCUUUCUAUACUAGUGUACAAGAACGAGAUGUUCUAAUGACUUUUUAA